AUGGAGUAAAAUAAAAACAUUUAUCAUCUCAAAAAUACAAUCAAUAAAAAUACUCAUUACUUUCUCAAACCUAAAAAUGCAGCCUUAAAUUCCCUUUUGGAUACUUAUAUAUUAUAGGAUUAUGGUGGUAUUAAUGUAAGUUAUCAAUUACCUAAAAUACGUAAUCUAUCAUAACAAUAAAUUUUGAUGGAUAUUGAAAGCAAACGUAAACUCUCAGUUCAAAAUAUUCAAAAGUUAUGUUCUUAAAGAAAUCUCAAUCGUUUAGUUCGAUCUUAAACUAUUGAUGAGCCUGCUUAUAGAAAAGCAACUGACAUCAUUGAAUCUUGUGAAAAGAUAAUAACUGUUCAAAAGAAGAAAGAAAUUGAAUUCAAAGUUAAACAAACAAGAGAAGAUGAUGAAUACAAAGCUAUUCGUAAGGCUGAUAAAUUACAUAAAUUAAUAUAAGAACAAAUAUAUUAAUGCAAUAAAGAAGAUAUAGAAAAUACUAAUAAAAAAGCUAUUUUAUAUAUUAAAGAAAACACUGUCACUAUUGAUAAAGAUAAAUUUAUAUAAAAAUGUAAUAGAGAAAGAUUUUAGUUAUAAUAAUUUCGAGAACGACCACGUAAAGAAAAAGAACAUAAGAGAUUUAGAACAAAUUAUCAUUUAUUAGAUCUCUGA